GGGAAAGCGUGACGCCAGCUUGGAAUGAAGGAGUGAGUGAGAGAGUGAGUGAGAGAGUGUUUUCCGGGUCAGAAAGUGGACUAAAAGGAAAUAACACUACGGGACGCAGAAAAAAUAAAAUAACAAAAAAAUAAAACACGACGCGAGGAGACAUGUAAAUGGUUUCGCGGAACAAAGUAUGGGAAGUUUGUCAACACUGCAGGAAAGACUGGCCGAGAACGAUGGAAGGGGCGACGAUUGAGACGUGGACUUGCGCUGUUUUUAGCCCAUGUUACUGUGUGUAGUGGUGGUGAAGCCCGGCCCGGGACCUGGUCCAUUAUCGUCCUGCGUUUGAAAGUAGCAUAAAACCGCGACAGGGUUGAUCGAGAGAUUGAUUUAUUUAUUUACUGUAAGUUGCGGGUGCUUUGACUUGACUAGUUGGAGCUCGUGAGUGUUGCGCGCGCUCCUGUGAGAUCCGGGAUGUUUCACUGUAUCCCUCUGUGGCGGUGUAACCGUCAUGUCGAGACCAUCGACCGGCGCCACUGUUCGCUGCUCUACGUACCGGACGACGUUUAUCGCUACAGCCGCAGUUUGGAAGAACUUUUGCUGGACGCGAACCAACUCCGAGACUUACCCAAGCAAUUCUUCCAGCUGGUGAAGUUAAGGAAGCUGGGACUGAGCGACAACGAGAUCCAGAGACUUCCUCCUGAGAUAGCCAACUUCAUGCAGCUUGUAGAGCUUGAUGUCUCGCGCAAUGACAUUAUCGAGAUUCCUGAAAACAUUUCCUAUUGCAAAGCCCUUCAAGUAGCAGACUUUAGUGGAAACCCUUUGACAAGAUUGCCAGAGAGCUUUGCUGAACUGCGGAACCUAACCUGCCUUUCCAUCAAUGACAUUUCUUUACAAGCGCUUCCUGAUAACAUUGGAAAGCUCGUGGGGGAGCUUGGAGCCUAUCAAAGGGAUCUCGGGGCACAAGGCAAGGGGGCAUUCUGGACAGGGUGCCAAUCAAUCGCAGGGCACAAUCACACACAUUCACCCACUAUGGACGAUUUGGUAAUGCCAGUAAAACCUACAACAAGUGUGUUUGGACUGGGGGAGGAAGCCAGAGUACCCGGAGGAAGCCCCCAAGCAUGCCUUACUAACUUGGUAUCACUGGAACUCAGAGAGAACAUGCUAACAUAUUUACCCGAAUCUCUUUCCCAGCUACACAGACUGGAAGAACUCGAUGUAGGGAACAAUGAGCUGUAUAAUCUGCCCGAGACAAUAGGAUGCCUUGUGAGCUUGAAGGACCUGUGGCUGGAUGGAAACCAGCUGAGUGAAUUACCAGAGGAGAUAGGAAGCAUGAAGAACCUGCUCUGUCUGGAUGUGUCUGAGAACAAGUUGGAGCACCUCCCAGAGGAAAUGGCUUGCCUGCUCUCCCUCACCGACCUGUUGGUGUCCCAGAACCUCAUCGAUGCCCUGCCACAGGGCAUAGGAAAAUUAAAACGCCUUUCCAUUCUGAAAGCGGAUCAGAACCGCUUGGUCCAACUGCCCGAGAGCAUUGGAGACUGCGAAAGUCUUACAGAACUGGUGCUGACUGAGAACCAGCUGCUGAGGUUGCCGAGAAGUAUCGGAAAGCUUAAGAAACUGUCAAACUUCAACUGUGACAGGAAUCGUCUGGUAUCUUUACCCAAAGAGAUAGGAGGCUGCAGCAGUCUGAAUGUGCUGUGUGUGAGGGACAACCGUCUGACGCGCAUCCCCGCCGAAAUUUCACAGGCUACAGAGCUGCAUGUUUUUGAUCUGUCUGGAAACAGGCUGACUUAUCUACCCAUGUCUCUCACCACGCUGAGGCUCAAAGCUCUCUGGUUGUCGGAGAAUCAGUCUCAGCCGUUGCUCACGUUCCAGACAGAUGUGAAUCCUGACACAGGGGAGAAAGUGCUCAUCUGUGUCCUUCUGCCUCAGCAGCCUUGCGAGAGUGAAAAAGGCUCUGAUAAUCUGGCACGCUGUGGCGCUCUGGAGAGUCUCGUGAAUGAUGUGGCUGAUGACACGUGGGACAACAGAGCCACGAAUAGAAUGAGCACCAUCCGAUUCCUCGAUGACGAUGAUGACGAUGACGAUGACCAGGGAACGCUGCUGCGACGGGCCACGCCGCACCCCGGAGAGCUGAGGAGCAUGAAGAAGGUGGUGGAGAAUCUCCGCAACGAUCUGAACGCUGCCAAAGGCCUGGACUCCAACAAAAACGAGGUCAAUAACACUGUGGACCGAGUGACUACAUCUGUGUGACCGCUUUGUUUUACCUCCGAGAUGGCCCAGUCCCCAUCGUGUCUUCCCACAAUGCACCUCAUCCAGCCUUCUCCCUGUGCUUUUUCUCCCUUGAAUGUGACUCUCCUUUCUCUGUGCUGGGUCUGUCCUGUUCUCUCCUACAUCUCCUCAGAUCCUGAAUCAGGGAAAGACCACCAUGAUAAGGUGCCUUCUUUUUUUUUUUUUUUUUUUUUUAAAUCUUCAGAGCAAUAAUCCAUGGAAUGCACAAUUUCUUUUUUAAUUUUACAAUCCAGCCCUUUUUUUUUUUUUUUAUAAACUUUUUGUUUUUUCUAAACACAUAAGUUAAAAUAGGUAGAUGCACUACAUAAAGUCUUAUACUAAUGCUGACAGAAGCUCCAAUUAUAUAUUUACAUUCUAUUUUUAAUUUUUUGGUUUUUAAACACUGGGUGGAUGUUUCUUUUUUUUUUUCUUCUUCUUUUUUUUUUCUUUCUUUCUCCAAGUCUUUCGGGGCAUGUUGAGCCCAGCUAUUUUUGGACCUACUGGUUUUAAAAAUUGUUGUAUAGAUCUUUGUGAAUAAUCUAUACUUUUUGUACUCGUGGCAGCUCAGGUCGUGUUAAACCUGGAGGGGGAGUUUAAAAAAAAAAAAAAAAAAAAAAAAAAAAAAAAAAAAAAAAAUUUAAGAUGUAUAGCAUAUUUCUUAAUCAAUGAGCAUUUUUAUUCCUGCAAAAAUAUUUGUGGUUUUACAAAGCAGUUGAACAACAUGUUUUAAUGUCUUAUACAGUAAAUCAAUUAGUCGGUGGUUCAUAUUUACUUUUUAAGGUGUGUUUUUUAUAUUUGAAUUUGAACAAGGGCUAACAGAAUAUUUCCACGUCUUAUAACUGGAAUGAGAGCUGCAGCUGCAUCAGCACCACUUUUGGACGUUACCCCGCGUGUAAAUUAGGUACAAUAAACCCUGUUGGUUAUCCUUCUUUUGUUUUAUUUUUUUAAAUUUAAAUAAUUUUUUUUGGGUAUGGGUUCCUUUUAAGUGCAGUUUUCAGUAGAACAAAAAACACACACACAUUGCACUUUUGCAACACUUUUUAAAUUAUAUUCAUAUUGUUUAUCCAUUCUGUGGUACACUACAAACUCUCUCUCUCUCUCUCUCUCUCUCUCUCUCUCUCUCUCUCUCUCUCUGUCUCUCUCUCUCUCUCUCUCUCUCUCUCUCUCUCUCUCUCUCUCUCUCUAUAUAUAUAUAUAUAUAUAUAUAUAUAUAUAUAUAUAUAUAUAUAUAUAUAUAUAUAUAUAUAUAUAUAUUUCUCUAUUGCGAACAGACCAAGGUGUUGAAAUGCUGAUUUUUAAAAAAUAUUUUUUAUUUUAUGUCAGUGAUAAAGCUGCACAGAAAAAUGAUCUCGAAUAGAUUCUAGGCCUUUAUUAUCAUGACUUCUAACCACUGAUACAAUAAAAUGAUUUUAUCAAAUCAGA